AGAAGUCACGCAAACAUGGCGGCUCCCAGGGAGAUACAUAGUUAGCACAAUGGUAAACAUGAACUUUUAAACAAAUAAAAGCAAUAACGUGUCGAGAUUCAUACAUUACAAACAAUCCAUAGUGUUGCCAUUCUGAUUCUUUAUACGCAGUCUUUCGAGCAUCGCGCAACAGAACACUUUGUGGUCGCAAUCAGGAGAUACCAAGCAGAAAAUCCGACAUUAGACUUUGAAUGAAACUCAUCUUUACUAUAGACUGUAACCGCGCGGUACCUACAUUUAGUGUGUAGUAGAUGUGUAAGAGUUUCAGCUCGGUAAAUGUCGGUUAUUUUCAUCCUUGUAAACGAUACAUCCAUCAGUUACUUUACAGAAGAAGAAGAAGAGGAAGAAUCAUCAUAAACGUGACGAAGACACGCUUUCAAACAACCAGAAAUAUCUCCAGAUAACAAAUGAAAUCGGUGUAACACACUGUUGAUAAGGUGAUGGAGGUUAUUAAAGAGGAGAGUGAAGACAUAAGUUGUGCAGAAGCAUGCAGAGUUAAAAUUGAAGAUACAGUUGAACAAGGAGCUACCGGCUUACCAAAAACAGAUCAACUGAGAAUGGAGAAUCGUCAGUACUGGUCAGUAGACGAAAUUGAGGCUCUUCUGAAUAUUUGGGCUGAUGAAAAUGUGCAGCGUCAGAUUGACGGCGUCUGCAGAAACGAAGAAGUUAUUAAGUAUAUUGUUGCCGAACUUGCCAAGUUGUGUAUCAAACGCACAACGGUACAGGUUCGGGAAAAAUUAAAAAAAUUGCGGGCACAGUACAAAUCCGUGAAGACGCACAAUGGACAAAGCGGUGCCCAAAGGAAGAACUUUCCAUGGUUCAAAAUCAUGGACGGUGUGCUGGGACACCGUCAUGCUGUUAGUGGAGAGACUACACGGGACACGAUGGCUGUUACAGUCGAUGAUUCAUCAUCUCCGAGUGCUUCCCUGGAGUCAGAAGAAGGAGAUGAGGGACUGUGUACAGCUCCAUUGAAAACAUCUACACUUGAGAGACCUGCCACUCCACAAUGCCUAAUCAGAGGAGGUUCACAUCAUAUAACACAAAGGACCAGACCAGAGAGCCGCAAACGCCGGGCUUCCAGUUUGGCGACCAGUGAGUUUUUGCAGUGCAUGAGGGAGAUGACACAGCAACAGAUGGAACAAGAACGGGAGUUGAGGCGUGAGGAGAUGAAUAGAGAGAUGGAGAUGAGGCAAAAGGAGAUGGAGCAUGAGGCAAGACUUAGGCGAGAGGAGAUGGCACGUAGAGAGAAGGAAACAGAGACUUUUGCCUCUAUUUUCAAAAAUUUGGCUUCAGCCCUUCUCCCUCGGACAUAGAUUGGCAGACAUUAUGCCAAACAGACUUUUCUUUUAUGCCUUGGUAGGCAUUUAAUGUAAAUAGUUUUCUUACAAGCACAUGCUUUGUUUUGUGUGAUGGGCAUAUUCCAUAAAUAUUUGUCUGAAGAGCAACUUUUAAACCCAUUUUCAAUUUUUAUAUGUAAAUAAAGUCCUAUUCUGCUAUCACAAUUGAGGCUAUUGGGCAGUUACUAUUUGUAUAUACUUACUCUGUAUACAGAUUCAGGUAACUUUAUUAGCAUGGUAAAAAGAAGCUUUACAUUGUCAAAGCACUGGUAACAUAAAAUAUAUAAACAUAUAUACAUUAAUUUGUUUUUGUAGUUUUUUUAGAUAGCCUGAUGUCCUAAUAAGUAGGUGAAAGGAUACAUCACUGCGUGAAAGUAACAAACCUUUAUUUGAAACAUUUUAUUUGUGGCAAGCACUCUUAACUGUGUUGAAAAAAUAUAUUUUGUAUUGAGGGGCACAUUCGCUAAAUGGUUGUCUGACGAGCACCUUUUGUUUUCUGUAAUGUCCACUUAUGUGAAUUGUUUGAGAUAUAAAUAACGUCCUAUUCUAAUAUCAAAAUAGUGGCUAUUGGGCAGUUGUGAAAGUCACCAUCUGUAUAUACUUUGGAGUCUGAUAUAGUAUAAUGUCAUACUAAGUAGGUGAAAGAACACAACACUGUGUGAAAGUAACAAAUUGAGUGAAAACAAUUAAUUUUUUUGAAAAAAUCAAAAUAUAAUAAAGCAAUAUAAAAAUUAGUGCUGCUACAUGAUCAACUUACAUCUGACCUCUCAUUAACAAUGUUACAUGGUGGUCGUAAAGUAUCGUUGACAUCACCCUACUAUGGCACAAAUCUCUCCAUGUGUAAUUAACAAAGGUUGUGCAGUGUACAGUAUGACUCCUCCAUAUCAACAACAACAUUUAUACUGCAGUAAUUACUUUUACUGAGACACUUUCCUCUCUAGGGCAGCACUGUGAAUCAGUGGGUAGCAUUGUCUCCUCACAGAAAGGAGGUCCCCAGUUCUACCACAGUUGAAAAUCAUGCAGGUCAAGUGAAUUGGAAACUCUAAAUUGCCCGUGAUUAAGAGUGUGAAUGUGUAUGUCUGUGUGUGUUAGCCCUGUGAUGGACUGUCCACCUGUCCAUGGUGUUUCCCUGCCUUCGGCCUGAGACAGCUGGGAUGAGCUCCAGCACUACCAGCGACCCUACAUAAGACAAGCGGUUAUAGAAGGUGGAUGGAUGGACUUUCACCUCUCUUUCAGCCUCCCAAAAGCAUGUUCAACCACACUACAGGCUUGACUUGUUCUUGACCCUCUGCUAGUCUGCCAGGAUAAAGUUUCAACAAUUCUGCAAUGGUAAGCAGAGUCACCAAGAAUAAAUUAGUCUACAUUAGUUCUGCAUAUGUUUCUAACUCUGCCAGAGAAUGUAUUACUUGUAGUGACCCAAGCCCAAAGGUGUGAAUUUCUGAGGAAACUGGCGUCGUGUUUCCUCCCUGACUGUCCAGCGUUUAGGUCCCAGAACAUCCCUUUACCAUCCACAACUGCUUGUAGAAUGAUUGAGUGCCAGCCUUUUCUGUUGUGAAAAUCUGAUUGGUAUUGUGGAGGUUUCAAUAUAGGGAUGUGAGAACCAUCUAUAGCACACACUGCGGAAUUCCGAAUCUCUCCUCAAAAUAAUCUGCCAUCUCAUCCAUUUUGACCUGGUCAGGUGUUUAGAUUCAUUUAGGCCAAAGUAUUGUUAUCACAGCCUUUAAAAAUGUAACUAACAAUGGACCAUACUUAUUAAGCCUUUAUUUAGCUUAGUUAAUGUUAAUUUCAACAUAUAGUAAUACAUUUUUAAAAUCUAAAGUUGUAUUUGUUAACGUUAGUGCACUAUGAACUAACAUGAGCUAACAAUGAACAAUUGUAUUUUUAUUAACUAACAUUAACAAAGAAUACCCCGAUGUUUUCACUGCCUGCAUCAUGCGCUGCAGCACGUGCUAAACUUGAACUUGACCGUGUAAAAGGGGAUAAAUUCUCUGUUGCAGGGGAUUCUCUUUUUAUGCUUGAUUCUUUUCCUCUGAAUGUUUCAAAGGACGAUCUGGUGAAAGAGCAACAAGCCAAUCUUACAUUAAAACCUUUGUUUGAACGUGUUCUCGAUGAUAGUGCAGCACAGGGUUACUUUGUGCAAGAGUCCUUUUGAGGAAGUUGCUUCCAGUUUUUUUUUUUUUUAAUGAUUACGUGACUCAGAUUGUGGUUCCUGCUUUGUUCCAUGAUGAGGUUGUGGGCCAUCUGGGGGUCAAAAAGUCUUCCGAUUGUGUGCGCUGGUAUUUUUUCUGGCUGCGUUUUAAGAUUUUAACAUUUCAAAAUAAAUUAAAACGUGUCAUACCUGUCAAAUGAUUGGGAAACCAAAUCAGACUAUAAAACCUGCUCCUUUCUGUCCCAUUGAAGUCAAUGCAAAGCUAUUUGAAUAAUUGAUUCUAGAUUGUGUUGUUCCUUUGCCUUGGCCAGGGCGCUUUAGAAAGGUUCCACUAAACUCAGAAGUCCCUGUUGCAAGCUUAUUGUGUGAAAUUGUCUGACGACUGGGAAGUUACUGUUGGCCUCCAGAGAAGUCAUUCCGGAUUUAGCCCAAAUGAUCUUGUCUUUGGAUAUGCGGUAUAAGGUCCAUUGCCCGUUUUGCAUAAUAACUGGUCCACAAAUUAUCCUCCUGAAAAGUUAUGCCUUGUUCACUCCACCAGCGACACGAUCCCAUUUAUUUUCAACGAGAGCAUUGCAACUUCCCCCGACACAAACUGCCAUGGCCAUUGGCGACAGAGAUCACCGAGGAGAGUGACAAGACAUAGUUGAGAAAAUUUCUACAUUAUGCAAAUGACAUCUUGUCAUCUGUCUCCUGGCAGACGAGACGAGUGCUGGCAAGACGGAGAAGUUUCA